AUGAAAGUGAAGAAGAAGAAGAAGCACAAAAGCGUAUCUGGUGGAGAAAAGAGAGCAAAUACUGAAAGUCCCAAAGUUAAUGAAGGAAGUCGGAGACAUGAGAAAGCACUCAGCAAUAGUGAUGAUGUUGGUGCUAAGAAAGACAUGAGAAAUAGAAAGCUUGUUGAUGAUUGUGAUCUGGGAAAUACAGCACACAAACUUAAGAAGAAAGAUGAGAUUAUGGGAGAUCUUUUAGCGUUUAGAGACGGUGAAGAGUAUGAUAAAAGUUUAGGGAAAGCUUGGAAGAGGGUUUACAUGUUGUAUGAAGCUCCAGGAAGAGGAAAGAUAGCAGAUAUGGCGAAUCUAAUGAGUUAUAGUAACUAUAAUCUUGAGCUAACUCCGAUAAGAAAAAUCUGGGAACUCAAAAAGAUGCUGUUAGCGACGAAUAGUAAGUCCAUAAUUGAUAUAAAGGAUAUAGACUGUUCCUUGGAUCCCAUGAGAGAGAAAGAAGAUAAAGGAGAUCUUAGAAAUGCAGAGAUCACGAGAAAGAAGAAGAAGAAUGCAAUUACACUCUCUGGCUUAUUGUAUCUUAUAGAUGUGUUAUGGUCGGCUUGUGGACAAGAGGAGAACAUGGUGUGUUGUUGCUGUUGUGUAUGUUCAAUCAGUAACGUUGAGAGAGAGUGGGGAAAGCUGCAGAGAGAAUUAGAGAAGAGAGAUGGUUCUUCCAAUGUAGUUAACUUCUUUGUUAGAACUUACAAUGAAAGAAAAGAGCUGAUAAAAGUUUCUGUAACCGAUCCAAGUCACAACUUGUUCUUCUACGACAGCAAGUUCCCUACUUAG